AUGCCUGCGCGGCUGCAUCGUUUGUGGGUGGUGACGUUGAUACCGUUUGCCUCAGCCUUGGGACUUGGCAGGCGAGACACGGAUUCGUUGCCCUCUCCCGUGUCUGUAUCGCCAAGUCAGUUCUUUGAGGGCAUUGACGGCCCCUGGUCCACGUUUGAGCUGCGUGUAGGCACUCCCGCUCAGAACCUCAGGGUUCUUCCUGGGACCUCGUCAACGCAGACCGUCGUGGUGCUUCCCGAAGGAUGCCAGAUUAUCAAAGUGACCGACUGCGCCAACAGCAGGGGCGGUCUAUUCAACACCACUGCAUCUAAGACGUGGGAUGAUAUUGGUCUAUACGGCCUAGGCAUUGAGAACUCGCUGGGUUACAGUGAUAAUGGCGAGUUUGGACACGAUACAGUUGGGCUUGGAUAUCUCGGCAGUGGAGGCCCUGUUGUCAAUCACUCGGUCAUUGCAGGAGUUGCAGGCACAGAGUUCUAUCUCGGGAUGCUUGGGUUGAACCCUCGUCCGACCAACUUUACCUCACAAAAUGAUCCGCAGCAGAGCUUCAUGCAGCUUCUCAAGAAUGAGUCUGCCAUCCCGAGUCUGUCGUACAGCUACAAUGCAGGGGCUCCGUAUAGGUUGAACAAGGCUCUCGGGAGCCUGAUCUUGGGCGGCUACGAUACAUCAGCGUAUCAAGACACCAACUCUUCAUACAAGUUCUUCAGCGACCAGUCGAGAGACCUGACGAUUGGAGUCCAGUCCAUCUCGACAAACGCCAGCGCGGAAGACACGAUACUCCAGUCCAGCCUGAUUUCCAUGUUCAUCGACUCGUCUGUGGCAGACAUAUGGUUGCCCGUGGAUGCAUGCCAGGCCUUUGAAAAGGCAUUCGGUUUGAAGUACAACUCUACGCUUGAGAUGUACUUGGUGAGUGAUUCAUUGCACAAGUCACUCGUGGAUUCCAACCCGUCCGUUACCUUUACCAUUGCGACCGCCAUUACCGGCGGCUCAACCUUUAACAUUACCUUUCCCUACGCUUCUUUUGACCUGACGUUGAACCCACCGCUCGUCAAGAAAACAUCCCGAUACUUUCCUCUCAGGAGAGCAGCCAACGAGACCCAGUACAUCCUGGGACGAACCUUUCUACAGGAGGCAUAUUUGAUCGUGGACUAUGAGCGAGGCAAUUUCUCCGUCCAUCCCCGCGUUUGGAAUGCCAGUGCCGAGUCCAACAUUGUCACCAUCCUGCCUCCCGGAGUCAAGGAGAGCGUGCCCAACGUCGGCAGCAGCCACAGCCUCAGCGGCGGCGCCAUUGCGGGCAUCGUGAUUGGCGUCUGCGUUGUCAUUGCCGCCGUAGCACUGGCUGCGCUGCGUUACCUGGUGGUGACUCGCCGGAAGAAGAAGACGACUGCCUCGGAUGAGGUUGAGAUCACGGCCAUGUCGGCGCCAGACGCCGUUUCGACGACAACGCCCAAGCCUGAAGCCGCAGAGACCGAUGCAGGCGUCCGAGAGCUGGAAGGCGACGGAUCGGCGAAGCCUACGCCAGAGGUCGAAGGGCGAAGCCUGGCAACGAGAAGUCCCAUGAGCGAGCUCGAGUCGUCCAACACUCCCGUAGCAGAACUGGCUGCUCCGGCGCCGCUGGCGGAGCUGUUGUCGAAUGAAAUCUAUGAGAUGCCUGGCAGUGAAGUCCCGGAGCUGCAGGGCAGCCGUGUGGCGCCUCCUUUGGUGCUCACGGACUCCGAGUCGAGCGACUUCAGCUUCGAGGUCGAGCCGGGCGUGAUUGGGGUGAUUCAGCAGACGGAGGAGGACCGGCGGCUCAAUACGGCGGAGUCUCAGGGGAGCCAGGCGAGGGAAAGCAGACCAAAUACAGGGGAGCGGAGAGGAGACGCAGCAGAAAGCACGCUGCAGUCUUGGGUAGCUGGUGACGAUCGACAUAUUCAAGGCGAGCCACAUACACGUAAUACCUAA